GAAGGGGUGAGCGGGGGCGGGCGAGGCGGCAGCGCCUUGGGUCCGCGGCGCUGCGCGAUGCUGCUGCCGGCGGCGCAGCCCUGAGCGCCCGACCCGGUUCUGCUCAGCCCGGCUCGGCCCGGCCCGGUGCGGGCACCCAGCGCGGCAGCGGCGGCGGCGGCGGCGGCGGCAGCGGCGGGGGGCGGCGGCCGCGCCCCCGGCGCGGAGACAAAGCCGGGGCCGAGCGCGGGAGGCGAGCGGCGGGACCGGCCCCGCUGCGCGGACAGGCGGGAGUCUGCAGCGGGAGCUGAGCUGACUUCGCCGGCAGCCCCUCCCCACCCCGCAGCGAGGCUGUAGCCGGAAAGCGCUGCCCAGGACCAUGGGGAGCAGCAAGAGCAAGCCCAAAGACCCCAGCCAGCGCCGGCGCAGCCUGGAGCCCCCCGACAAUGCCCACCACGGGGGUUACCCUGCCUCGCAGACACCCAGCAAGGCGGCAGCUCCCGACAGCACCCAUCGCACCCCCAGCCGCAACUUCAGCACCAUGGCAGCCGAGUCCAAGCUCUUCGGAGGCUUCAACACCUCUGACACGGUCACCUCGCCGCAGCGUGCCGGGGCGCUGGCCGGUGGUGUCACCACUUUUGUGGCCCUCUAUGACUACGAGUCCCGGACUGAAACAGACUUGUCCUUCAAGAAAGGAGAGCGCCUGCAAAUAGUCAACAACACGGAAGGUGACUGGUGGCUGGCUCAUUCCCUCACUACAGGACAGACGGGCUACAUCCCCAGUAACUAUGUCGCACCCUCAGACUCCAUCCAGGCUGAAGAGUGGUACUUUGGGAAGAUCACUCGCCGGGAGUCCGAGCGGCUGCUGCUCAACCCCGAAAACCCCCGAGGGACCUUCCUGGUCCGGGAGAGUGAGACCACAAAAGGUGCCUACUGCCUCUCCGUCUCUGACUUCGACAACGCCAAGGGGCUCAACGUGAAGCACUACAAGAUCCGCAAGCUGGACAGCGGCGGCUUCUACAUCACCUCCCGCACACAGUUCAACAGCCUGCAGCAGCUGGUGGCCUAUUACUCCAAACACGCCGAUGGCUUGUGCCACCGCCUCACCAACGUCUGCCCCACGUCCAAGCCCCAGACCCAAGGCCUUGCCAAGGAUGCCUGGGAAAUCCCCCGGGAAUCGCUGCGGUUGGAGGUCAAACUGGGACAGGGCUGCUUCGGAGAGGUGUGGAUGGGGACCUGGAACGGCACCACCCGGGUGGCAAUCAAGACACUGAAGCCUGGCACCAUGUCCCCGGAGGCCUUCCUGCAGGAAGCUCAGGUCAUGAAGAAGCUUCGACAUGAGAAGCUGGUCCAGCUCUACGCUGUGGUUUCGGAGGAGCCUAUUUACAUCGUCACUGAGUACAUGAGCAAGGGGAGCCUCCUGGACUUCCUGAAGGGUGAGAUGGGCAAGUACCUGCGGCUGCCCCAGCUCGUGGAUAUGGCGGCUCAGAUUGCAUCUGGCAUGGCCUAUGUGGAGAGGAUGAACUACGUCCACCGGGACCUUCGGGCAGCCAACAUCCUCGUGGGGGAGAACCUGGUGUGCAAGGUGGCUGACUUCGGCUUGGCACGCCUCAUCGAGGACAAUGAGUACACUGCUCGGCAAGGUGCCAAGUUCCCCAUCAAGUGGACAGCCCCCGAAGCUGCUUUGUACGGCAGGUUUACCAUCAAGUCAGACGUGUGGUCCUUUGGCAUUCUCUUGACCGAGCUGACCACCAAGGGCAGAGUGCCAUACCCAGGGAUGGUGAACCGGGAGGUGCUGGACCAGGUGGAGCGGGGGUACCGCAUGCCCUGCCCGCCCGAGUGCCCCGAGUCCCUGCACGACCUCAUGUGCCAGUGCUGGCGGAAGGACCCCGAGGAGCGACCCACCUUCGAGUACCUGCAGGCGUUCCUGGAGGACUACUUCACCUCGACAGAGCCUCAGUACCAGCCUGGAGAGAACCUAUAGACGCGGAGCUCCUCCUGGCACCAGGGGCGCUGCCGUUCUCGCCAUGGGGCACCAAGGGCUGGCCUCCCUGCCGAGGGGCCGGGGUUGUGUGGAGCAGCCCUGGAACAGGAUGAGGCAUCAUCUCCAGAUGUGGCCUGGGGAGGUGCUGGGUCCUCUCAUUGCUCCUUAAGACUUCUGGCCCGUGUUUAAUGAAGUGGCACUGUCCUGCUGGCGAGAGGAGCCGGUGGGCACUGGUGGACCUGGCUUGGGAAGGCGAGUGGAGCAUCUCCCACCAAGAGACUUGGCUUUCAGGAGACCUUUGUUCCUCAGCAGCUCUGGAGAGAGCCUGGAGGAAUUGAGGGACAGCAUCACCCCACCUUGGACACAUAGCCCUGAUCUCCUGCACCCCCUUUCUGAAUCAGCACAAAUUCCCCUGCCCCUUUGCCCUAUCCCCUAACCACUCCUUGGCUCCAGCUCUCCCGAGGGUACUGGCAGAGAUAUUUCUCCAUGGGAAAGGUGCAAUCCCUGGCUCAGACUGGUGAUGUACCAGGGUGGUGGUGCCAGUGUGAGGUGACAGUGAAAUGCUGGUGGUCUUCCUUCCUUGAGUACCCUUCCAGAGGGCACUGGAAGUGUGAAAUGUGGCUGCUUGUGGCUCCAUUGACUGACACCAUCCCAUGGGGGCAUCCAGGUGCACAUUCAAGUCUUCCAGCUGCCUCUGUCCCCACCAAGGGACCCACCUUGUCCUCCUGGGAGUGGCACAGGGCUGGUGCCAGCAGAGUCCUCCUUAGCCUGUGGCCAGCCCCACCACUCUAGCUCUGCUUUCUCCCACUGAGCACUCCUGGUCUUCCAGCUGACCCCCUGGGAAGUGCACCAGAGCCCCCUCGGCUG